GAUCUUCUCUGACAAAACAAAAUCAUCUCUUCGCCAAAGUUUUCUGGGGUCUUCACUGUUUCGCUUCGAUCUUGAGAGAUCUUUGUCUCCCCGGUUUUUUUUUUUGGGGAUUCUAUUUCGAGGGCUUUGCUCUAACAUGUCAGGAAGAAAGGAAACGGUGUUGGAUUUGGCUAAGUUUGUGGAUAAGGGCGUGCAAGUUAAGCUGACUGGUGGUAGACAAGUCACUGGAACUCUUAAAGGCUACGAUCAGUUGCUGAACCUUGUUCUAGAUGCUGCGGUGGAGUCUGUUCGAGAUCAUGAUGAUCCAUUGACGACUACUGACCAGACCAGACGCCUUGGUUUAAUUGUUUGUCGUGGAACUGCGGUGAUGCUCGUCUCACCAACUGAUGGAACUGAAGAAAUUGCUAACCCUUUCGUUCAACCAGAGGCUGUCUAAUGAAUAGUUUCUUCCAAAAGAUCUGAGUAGUUCAACUUUGGUGUUUAGUGAGCAUUGUGUAUCUGAGUAUCUGCUAUUAUGUUGAAAACAAUCGUUUUAAUAUACCUAUUUUUGAACAA